GUCGACAACUACCAAAAUUUUGAAGUAGCGUGAAGCCAAGGCGGUAUAAUAAGGUGGAACGUUAUGUUAGAACUGCUGUUCAGCCAUUACUUGAGUUCGAAUUGACAGCGACCAAACGAACGGCUAGAGUUUUCCGAGAAAGAGGAUAACAAAUGGCAUGCAAUGAUGAGUGCAUACCGCUAUGUGUUUGCUGCGCAUAAACGUUGGUUUUGUUUACGCUGUUGGCAUCAUUGUUGUGUUUCGGUGACUGCUGCAAGUUGUCUGCAUUGCUGUUUUACGGAACGUGAGGGUUGUUGCUGUUGCUGCUGGGAUUGGCAAUUCAGCGAUUGUGGGAGCUUUGCUAGUGUGUAUAUGAAAGGUCACUACUGGCGGGCUUGUGCCGUACUGCUCUAAGUUCCAUUCGCUUUGGUGGAAUUAGUCGUUGGCGAUCCAUUAGGAUUGAGUGAUAGCGAUACGCUGUGGAUAUCCAUGUAUAUCGUUUCCCGGCGACUGCUGCUUUAGCUGGAGACUCACCUGAUCGUGCGGGUUGUGAGACACAACAGCUAGUUCGCUUGAAACCGGCCCAGCGUAUGUAUAUGUUGGUGUGGACCGCUAUGUAGCAUAAAAAUUAGACCUGCUUUGUUUAUAAACAAAAAUAGUCGCUGUCAUUUUUUAUCCCCUCACGCCUUAUCAUCAUACUGUCGAAAACGAACCACCUGUCAAUUCCAGCUCCUUGCGUGAAGCAAAAUAAACUCUACACUGGAGAAAUAGUUUAGUAAAAGCAGCUACCAAACCUUUAGUAGCAAAAACAUUGGUAAAUAUACACAUUUUUUGUAAAUAUUACUAAAAUUGCGUAAAAAAGAUGUCAGACGCAAUGAAUGUUCCUACCAGGAAUUCGUAUAUUUUACUUCAUUCCAUUAGUAAGUUUGUUUUUAUUGUCAUACCUAACAACUGUGAUGUGCGCACUUUGUCUUUUGUCUUUUGGAGACGAAGCGAUUCGGAGUUGGCCUUAAAAUUAUAUGCAGUACAAUCAUUCAUCAUAAACAAAUCGGAGAGCUGGCAUGAUCGCAGAUUGCAGGGAUUGAAGGUAACGGCGAGUUUGUCGCUAAGAUUGGAAUCUUUCAUCAACACAUCAUCGACCGUAAAUAACUUAAGGGACACGAGAGAACAAAAUACGGAUGGAACGUGCUAAUUCUACCGUCACUCUGCUAAUGCAAAUUAGAGCGAUGCAGCAGAAAGACGAACGGGAACUUGCUUUGGAAAUGCUCAUCAAAUUGAGGUGGUUGAGGCUGCGAUUAAAAUUUGCCUCUUGUACGCAGUUUAUAGAAUGAUUCCAACGAGAAUUAUUGAUGUUGUUUAUAGAAUAAGUUAUUAGUAUAAUGUAUUCUAAGUAUGUAGAGUUAAACGCAAUCAAAUACAAUUUUUUAAAUUAAAAAUAAUUAUUAAAAAAUAUUGUCAUUAUCCCUGAUGAUUACCUCUCACAAAUAUGAAGCAAAAUUUUCUCUGUUAUUGCACCAAUGUUGGACCAACAAUCUGUAGUUUGUUUGACAUAUGUGCCUACCAUUCUUUUUUUGUAACAUGUACCA